UAUAAUAACUUCCACGACUCCAACUACAACUGCAACUACUCUAACCCUCUCUUCUUUCUUUUAAUUCUCUCAUAAUUCUCAAACCAGGCGUUUCUCUUCUUUCUCUAACUAAAAACCCAGAUGGGCAUCGCCUCAUUCUUUUGUUUUCUCCUCAUCUUCUUCUCUUCAGGAAACCUAGCAAAUGCUGCCGUUUUCACUAUCCAAAACCUCUGUAGCUACACUAUAUGGCCGGGAACACUCUCCGGAAAUGGUGCCGCCAUUCUCGGAGACGGUGGUUUUGCAUUGCCGUCUGGCACAUCAAUCCAACUCCAGGCUCCACCGAAUUGGUCCGGUAGGUUUUGGGCUCGAACUGGAUGCACAUUUGAUGAAUCAGGCAAUGGAAAGUGUGUCACCGGUGACUGUGGCGGGUUGUUAAAAUGUACUGGCGGUGGAGCUCCGCCGGUUACUCUUGUUGAGUUUACUAUUGCAGCGAACGCUAAUGACAAGGAUUUCUACGACGUUAGCCUUGUAGAUGGAUAUAAUGUCGGGGUAGGCGUGGAGGCAUUGGGUGGGACAGGUGAUUGCCAGUACGCGGGUUGUGUGGUGGAUCUUAAUGGGAAUUGCCCAGCGGAGUUACGGGUGAUGGAUUCGGGUUCAACUGUUGCUUGCAAAAGUGCAUGUGCAGCUUUCAAUGCACCGGAGUUUUGCUGCACCGGCGAUCAUGCAACGCCGCAGACUUGCCCGCCGACGCAGUAUUCGGAGUUGUUCAAGAAUGCAUGCCCGAGAGCAUACAGUUAUGCGUAUGAUGAUGCGUCGAGCACAUGCACUUGUUCCGGGUCGGAUUACUUGAUUACAUUUUGCUCAGCUGGGUCUUGAUAAUUGAAUUUGUGAAUGAUAGUGCCAUUUAAUUUACUACGGAGUUUAUAAUUUAGAGAUCUACUAAGAAUAUUACUAUUAAUUGAUUAUUAUUGGUUUGACAAGUGAAUGAAUUAUUAUACUUCAGAUUUUAUAUAUGUUUUUCGCAUUUUGGUUGGUUUGGUUUGGUGGGAGAGAAAGGGUUUUCAAAGUAAUAUAUAAUUUGUGUUGUUUUUUCAA